CUUAACCACGCUUACCGUUAAAGAUUAUCUUGGAAUCCGGUAUUCACCUAUGACACACUAACCUCUCAUGAGAUGGCCGAUUUACCACUCCCUCCCUCGUCUAUCUGUCCGAUCUUUCCGUUCUCUUCUCCGGGCAUGUGCUCGUCAGCCUUCCCUUGCCUCCGGAAAAAUUUUGCACGCUGUAAUCCUCACCACUGGUCUAUCCUCCAUUCCAAACGCCUUCCUCCUCAACCCUCUUCUUCAUUUAUAUGCAGCAUGUGGUGCAACUUUACACGCACGUAAACUGUUCGAUCAAAUUCCCCCGUCACACAAAGACACUGCAGACUGGACUGCCCUUAUUGGUUGUCUUGCCCGCCAUGGUAUGCCCCAAGAUGCCAUAAGUUUAUUUGCUAAAAUGCGGAAGGAAAAUGUGGGAAUAGAUGGGCUGACCAUGACUUGUUUGUUGAGUUUGUGUGCUGGGUUGAGGGAUUUGCAUGUGGGUGUUCAGGGACAUGCUUGUGUGGUGAAGAUGGGUUUAGGGUUUAACGUUAGGACCUGCAAUACGCUGAUGGAUAUUUAUGGAAAGUGCGGGUUGGUAAAUGAGGUGAGAUCGAUUUUUACCGAGAUGGAGGUGAAGAGUGUGGUGUCAUGGACUGUGGUUUUGGAUGGUGUAGUGAAAUGGGAAGGUGUAGAGAAAGGGAGGUUAGUGUUUGAUGAAUUGCCGGAGAGGAAUGAAGUUGCCUGGACAAUUAUGAUUGUGGGUUAUGUGGAGAGUGGAUAUCACCAUGAAGGUUUUUCGCUUUUAGGUGAAAUGGUUUUAAGCUUAGGACAUGGGCUAAAUUCUGUUACACUUUGUUCAAUCUUAUCGGCUUGUGCUCAAUCUGGAGAUAUGGUGAUGGGUAGGUGGGUUCAUGUUUAUGCCUUGAAGGCAAUGGGGAAGGAGAUUGAUGUUAAGGUUGGCACAGCUUUGGUCGACAUGUAUGCGAAAUGUGGAAGGAUAGAUACAGCAUUCAAAGUUUUCGAGUACAUGCCAUUGAAGAAUGUGGUGGCAUGGAACGCGAUGCUUAAUGGUUUAGCGAUGCAUGGAUGGGGUAAAACUGUGCUGGAGAUGUUCUCGAAGAUGAUUGAAGAAGUUAAACCAAAUGAAUUGACAUUUAUGGCUGUGUUGAGUGGCUGCAGCCACUCAGGGCUUGUUGAUCAAGGUUGGCAAUAUUUUCACAGCAUUGAAUCUGUGUAUGGUUUAACACCCAAAGUUGAACACUACGCUUGUAUGGUGGAUCUUCUAGGUCGAGUUGGUCGAUUAGAAGAAGCUGAGAAUCUGAUCAAAAGAAUGCCGAUGCCACCAAAUGAAGUUGUUCUGGGAUCCCUUCUGGGCUCCUGCAGUGUCCACGGAAAGCUGCAGCUUGGUGAACGCGUUCUGCAAGAGCUAAUUCAGAUGGAUCCCCACAACACAGAAUAUCAUAUCCUUCUCUCAAACAUGUAUGCUUCAGCUGGAAAGCACGGCAAGGCUAAUUCCCUGCGGCAGGUUCUCAAGAACAAGGGUAUAAAGAAGGUACCCGGAAUGAGUUCCAUUCAUGUUGCCGGCAAAGCACAUCAGUUUUCUGCAGGGGAUAAAUCACACCCACAAACGCGAGAGAUUUACAGUAAGUUGGAUGAGAUGAUUUGGAGUCUGAGAUUGGCGGGUUACACUCCAAACACAGCCUCACAGGUUUUAUGCGGUGAAGACAUGGAGGAGUAGGAGCAGGCUUUGUUUGUGCACAGUGAGAAACUUGCAGUGUGUUUUGGGCUUAUGAGCACAAAACCUGGUGCUCCUCUUCACAUUUUCAAGAAUCUAAGGAUAUGUCAAGACUGUCACUCUGCCAUUAAAAUUGUUUCAAAGAUUUACAACAAGGAAAUUGUUAUUAGAGAUCGUAAUCGUUUUCAUUGUUUCAAGCAAGGUUCUUGCUCUUGCUGCGAUUUUUGGUAA